AUGUAAAGGACUGCUUGCCAUCUGGGGGGAGGAGGUGGAGGGAGGGGAAAAUCGGAACAGAAGUGAGUGCAAGGGAUAAUGCUGUAAAAAACUACCCUGGCAUGGGUUCUGUCAAUAACAAGUUAUUUAAAAAAAAAGCAUUUUAGAAUUGCUUUGGAACUCCCUGAGAAAAAGAAAGUCUUUCUUUCUUUUUAUUUUACUUUAUUUUUAAAAAAAAUUUUUUAAAUAGCUUUUUAUUUACAAGUUAUAUGCAUGGGUCAUUUUACAGCAUUGACAAUUGCCAAACCUUUUGUUCCGAUUUUUCCCCUCCUUUCCCCCACCCCCUCCCCUAGAUGGCAGGAUGGCCAAAAAAUAAAGUCUUUCAAAGUUGAUCAUCCAAAAAAAAAAAAAAAAAAGAGCCAAAGGAAUCCUCUCCUUGCAGAGGCUCCAAACAUGCCAUGCUUGGGAUGCCAAGGGCCUCUGCCCCCUGGCAUCCUCUUUCCGGUGCCAUCCUCUCUUCACCCUCACCUACCCCCCACCCAGACUUUAUGCCUCUGUCAGGAUUUCUAACCGGACUUCCCAUCCCCAGGCUAAGCCCUUUCAUCAGUCCAGGUUUUCGGGUCUGUAAAUCCCUUUACAGAGAAUCCCUGGGCAGCCAGAGGGGAGCCCCCAGAUCCCUUCCCUUGCACCGAAUCCCAAGGGCUUGCAGGGGAGCCAGACCUCUGCAUUUGGUUCCCUGAACCCCGAACCUGCCCCUAGACCUCAUCAUUGCACUCCCUGACACCAGACGCCCAUCUCGGGUCCCCGAUCUAAGCCUCUCACUGCCCCCUGCUGCCAGCUCGGACCUGGAGGGAGGGCCCUGAGCAGCGACGCGCGGCCUCCCUCAGUGACCAUUUCUCCCCACGGCUGCUUCUCGGAGCUGCUUCCCACCCCCCCUCCUCUGUUCUCUCCCCUUCUGGAACUCAGCGCUAAUGGCCCAACUUCCGCUGCUCCUUCUCGGCUGACUCCCUCACUUCCUUUCUCCCGGCCAAACCUCUCCAAGGCGCCCCCUUCCUGUCCUCCCCCCCCAGAACUGAGUCCGGCCUCGGGAGCCUGGUUCUCCCCGACUCGCCUCCAAGGUGAAACAGGCUCGCAAUGGAUUCUGGGGCAGAAGAACCAACCCAAGGGCAAAGGGAAAGUUUUUCCAUCUUUCGGAGGCUCUGUCUCCCGGGGGUCAAGGCCAGCCCGGAUGGCCCCAGGGCAGGAAGGGGCAGCAGCACUGAGAGCCCACGGCCCGACAGGCCCGGAGCCAGACCCCAAACCCGGGGCAAGAAGCUGGGGAGAGUGUCGCCCACCCGGGAUCACAGCCCAACUUUAACGACAACUUUGGGAGUCAGGAAAAAGGAUGGAAAAACACCCCCCGCCGCCGCCCCCAAAGUAGCAGACCCCAAACCACGGAAUGACAAGGAAGGUUAAAAGAUAAACCAGGAGGUCGGCGCUGGCUACGGGUGACAGCCCAAAUGGGGAUGCGUCUGUGACGCAGCGAGAGCUCCGGGAGCGCGCUCCGAGGGGAAGCCGACCCGAGGGGCGGGAGAAGAGGAGGAGAGGAGGCCCUGGCGGAAGUGGGGGGGGCUGGGAGCCUUGGGAGCGGAAGAAGCCAUUGGGCCGGGGGCGGGGCCUGCAGUCCUGGCCCUGCGUGGAGAGCGGGCUCCAUCCUCCUGGGUCACGGUCAGGGCCGGGCUCUGAGCACCAGGAAGACCCUCCCAGAGGGGGUUGGCGGGAAGCCGGAAGUCUUGGGGCUGCGAUCUGCUGCCUGCCCCUGGGUCCUCCUCCUUUCCCGGGGAGCUCCGGUCGCUUUGUCUCUUGGAAGCCAGAGCCGUGCUUGCAUCACCCAGGGAGCCUGGAGCCGGAGGGAAUGGGCCCUGGGAGCCUGGCACCUGCUCAGGACUUGGUGACGUUCAGGGAUGUGGCUGUGGACUUUACCCAGGAGGAAUGGAGCCUCUUGGACCCUCCUCAGAGGGAAUUGUACAAGGAGGUCAUGCUGGAGAAUGCCCGGAACCUGCUGUCCCUGGGGCUUCCAGUUCCCAGAAAAGACGUGAUCUUUUAUUUUAAGCAAAGACAAGUACCCUGGGUGCUGGACCAAGAAGGCCUGAGGAGCCGCUCUCCAGAAAGUGAGAUCAGAAUUGAAGUGAAGGAAAGUACUCACAAGCAAAGAUUCAGGAGCACCUGUGACUUCACUUGGAGAGAAAUGUGUACUACACAUGAGAAAGUACACACUGGAGAAAAACCUUAUGAUUGUAACCAGUGUGGAAAGUGUUUCAGCAAUAAGGGAUAUCUUACUAUACAUCAGAGAAUCCACACUGGGGAGAAACCUUAUGAUUGUAACCAGUGUGGAAAGACUUUUAGGUAUAAGACAAGUCUUACUGGACAUCAGAGAAUCCAUACUGGAGAGAAACCUUAUGAAUGUAACCAGUGUGGAAAGGGUUUUACACAUAAACAAUCACUCACUCUACAUCAGAGAUUCCACAGUGGAGAGAAACCUUAUGAGUGUAACCAGUGUGGAAAGGCUUUUAGCGAUAAGAGAGUUCUUACUGUACAUCAGAGAAUCCACACAGGAGAGAAACCUUAUGAAUGUAACCAGUGUGGAAAGGCUUUUACAAUAACGGGAACUCUUACUAGACAUCAGAGAAUCCACACAGGAGAGAAACCUUAUGAAUGUAACCAGUGUGGAAAGUCUUUUAGAAAAAAGGAAUCUCUUACUAUACAUCUGAGAAUUCACACAGGGGAGAAAACUUAUGAAUGUAACCAGUGUGGAAAGACUUUUAGUGAUAAGGGAUAUCUUACUGUACACCAGAGAAUCCACACUGGAGAGAAACCUUAUGAAUGUAACCAGUGUGGAAAGGGUUUUACAAUAACAGGAACUCUUACUAGACAUCAGAGAAUCCACACUGGAGAGAAACCUUUUGAAUGUAACCAGUGUGGAAAGUCUUUUAGAAAAAAGGAAUCUCUUACUAUACAUCUAAGAAUCCACACUGGAGAGAGAAUUUAUGAAUGUAACCAAUGUGGAAAGACUUUUAGUGAUAAGGGAUAUCUUACUGUACAUCAGAGAAUCCACACUGGAGAGAAACCUUAUGAAUGUAACCAGUGUGGAAAGACUUUUAGAUAUAAAAGAAGUCUUUAUGGACAUCAGAGAAUCCACACUGGAGAGAAACCUUAUGAGUGUAAUCAGUGUGGAAAGACUUUCAGCUAUAAGGAAUCACUUACUGUACAUCAGAGAAGCCAUGCUGGACAGAAACCUUAGGAAUGUAAUUAAUAUGGACCAGGAUUCAUAGAAAAAUCUGCUUGUUUCUCCCCAUAUAUGUGAGGCAAAGUAAUGGCAUUAAAAUAAGGAGAAAACUGCAUUUGGUAGAGAUCAUUGGGAGAACAUGGGGUGUUGCCAAUACCUUCCAUAUUUAGCCUUCUCUAGCUGUAAUCCUAUCGGGAAGAUAAAAUAACUAGAGAUAGGAGUUGUCUUCAGAGUUGUAUUGGAUUCUUGUUUUCCACCUAGUCACCUACUUGAAGUUUGUUGGGAUGGAAACAUUAUUAGAUUGGGACACAGAGAACAAAAGGGUUGAAAGUCUGGGUUCUGUAGCUGUGGCCUUUGAAAGUAAUUUAAGUCCAUGGAUCUCAAUGACUUUAGAUUACAAUUAGGGUCUCUUCCAGUUCUGAAUCCUUUGAGAAGUCAAAGACAAACUUGAAGAUGAAUCCUACUCAUUGCUGCUUUUUGCUGGAUCCUCAGCUUCGUGUUUGGCCCAAUAACUCAGAGACUUCACCAAACCUGGGUAUGAUUGCAGUUUGCAGACACAGCAAGGUAUGAGAAAUUCUAUAUCUACAUCUUAUUGAGGAAACUUGCACAUCAUUCUUAAAUACACAAUUUCUAUGCACCUGGUGAAAUAGGUUUCUUGCCAUAUUUGUUGAGGCAGAAAAUGUUUUAUUAAGUUGCUUUUAUGAAAGAUUUCAACUGAGUGUUCAGCUCAUUAAGUAAAUGCUAGGUUUGGGGGAGAAAGACCAGCCUUGGAUUUUUAUUUAGAUUCUUUUUCAGAUUCCCCUGGGCCAGUCCCUGAAUCUCAGUUUCCCAUUUAUAAAAUGAGUGGGGUGCACUUCUUGGACUUGUAGGUCCCACUGAACGUCUUUUGCUUGAACUUGUCAUUGUUUGCACUUGGGGCAAUGCAAUUCUCUUGAAAGUCCCAAAAAGGGGUAAAGGGUUGUUCCAGAUGAGCCAUUUCUUAGAACUUCUCCAAGUUGGCAAACUUUUAAGUGCCUAUGUGGCUAAGCACCAGGAUCAUAAAAGAUGCAAAGGACAUCCCUUAUUCUCCUGGAGAUCACAGAUUGCUGGGGCAGACAGUACACCAGUAAGUAUAUAGAAACCCAUUGUGGACCAGAUAAAUUGGAUAAAUUUAGUGCCUCCCCAAAUCACUAAGUAAUUAAAAUAAUAUUGCUUUAAGAAAUGGUGUGUAAUUGGGGAGGAAAUGAUCAAAAUAAAAUAAUGUAGCUAGCAUUUAUACAGCACCUACUGUAUGCUAUGCACUGUAUCAGUAUUGUCUCAUUUUAUCCUCAUGAGAACCCUAGGACUUAUGUGCUAUUGUUGUGCCCAUUUUAGAGGUAAAGAAACUGGCAAAAGAGGUCCUGUACCUUGAAUAGCAAAUUACCGACAUGGGAUGAAUUCUCAGAGCUUGCUGAUUCAAGGUCUUAUCUGCUGUGGGCCUCCUGAUUGAGAGUUAAAAUAUAAGAGCCCUUUGGUAUCAGAGGUGAGAUGAAUGAGGUGGGAGACUCAUAGACUGUGAAAAGAGCUCCAGUUCAUUAUGCAGCACAGCCUUGUUGAUACACAUUUUUGCAAGUGUGAUCAGCCUGUGAAAAAUAGCCAAUCCCCAAUCACCAUUCAGAGAAGCAGCUCUGGGCUUUGCAUAUGCAUGGUACCUGCCAAUGGAAGGAGAGACAAUCCAGCCUUUCCAGCAACCUGCUCACAGGCCCGAUGCCCUGUCCAAGCAUCCCUGCUUAGGUAGCCACUGACUGUGACCCUCAGGCUUAACACUUGUUCCCAUCAUCACAAAUCAUUGCUCCUUGCUCAUUAAGGAUAUUUCUGCAAUGUGGCAGAAAACUUAUUGUGCACUAGAGGUUGAGGUGGCCUCAGUGCUCCCUCUCAGCAGAAUCCCAUACUUAGCAUUUCCCCCUUUUUAUCUUUGAGAUAAAAAGUCCUUUCUUGAGCUGCAAUCUCUGAAAGGAUCCUAAUAUUACAGGGCAACAACAAAGCAGUAACAAAAUAACGCAGGGCAAUCCAUGAUUCGAAUUUUAACCAUCAUGAAGAAGUAUUAUCAAACCAUUGUAUGAUUUUUUUCAACAGUUUUAUCUGGAUUCAAAUCUUCAUGAGAAGCUUUCUCUAUGUCGGAUACUAGCUUAUAUAAACUUUCUAUGUCCCCUUCAAUUGUUUUAUUGAGAAAUAAACUAUUCAAAUGCC